AUGUUCGCUUGCGAAUGCGCGAAACGUCAUAUCGUUCUCUCUCCUCGGGCGACUUGGAGCAGUUCAUCCCCUUCAUACACACAUUUCCCAGAAUUAAUCGAAUUUGAAAUUGUUGAAUCGAAAGAUAGAUAAAAUUCCUUUCGGUUCGGGUUUUCUCACAACAUGGGGGUAUCAGAUUCAACUCUCUUAGGCGCUCAGAGAGCAGGAGAUGAGAUAACCACAAUCUCUCACCGAUCCGAAGCUGUUGAUCCCAUUCUAGAGAAUCUCAAAUCCCUCAAAAUUACUACGCCGAUACUGAAGUCUCCUCCUCCCUCGGAGAGCAGCCUGACCGACAUUUUAGUGAGAAAAGCCUUGUCGAAUUCGUCAUCCAAUACGGUUGAUCCUCAAGUGUUGCUAGAGCUCUUCUCCAUUUAUCGAGAAUGGCAAGAGAGUAAAGCUCAGGAAAUAAGCAAGAGACAGGAAGAUGUAGAAAACAAGAUAGAAGUUGCAGAUGCUUUGACAACUAAACUUCUGCAGAGGUUUAAUCAUUCGGUUUCUGCAAUGAGAGCAACUUCCCAACAUUUAUCUCAAGUUCAUGCUUUGCAGGUGGAGCUGGGGGAGCUUAAAGGAAGGUUAACUGAGGUUAUAAGCAACUGCAAUGCAUUGUGCCAGAGAAUUGCUUCAGAAGGGCCGGAAUCUUUAAGGGAUAUGGUCCCACCUUUCACUCUUGAAUCACCUGACUCGGGCUGGCUACGAUGUGAUCGUCCGCCCAGCUUCUCUUGCUGCAGCCUCAGCAUAGCAGGAACUCCGUCAGGAAUUUACGUUAGGAGUCGGAUAUAGAGCCAUCGUUCUUGGACGCCAUUGAUGGUCCUGGGAUCUGGAUGGUUCAAGACAGAUCGUGUCGGUGACGAAAUUGGGUGGAAAAAGUGCGAGCGAAAGCGUGCGGCAAAGACGCUGAUACGAGCUCGACACCAGCCCUGUUUUUACGUGAGCUCCGAAUUCUUUUUUGGAUGGGUGAUGUGAGAGCUUGAAAACGGUGUUACUUAGUUUGAUCAUUUGGCAAGAUGACGGGAACCCCAAUAAUAAUAAUAAGGGCCAUCGUAAAAAAAAAAUUCUGUAUACUUU